AUGGUUGCUCAAUCUGGAAAUUCAUCGAUUUCUAGAUAUACUGAUAAGUUUUUCCUCGGUACUGGUGAUCAACCUGAUCAACAGCUCGGAGGUCAUAAGUUCAAUGACGAUAAUUUUCUUACCUGGAAUCGCUCGAUUCGUCUUGCGCUUGGUGUUAAGAACAAACUAUGCUUCAUUGAUGGAAGUUGUAGAAGGCCUGCACCAGAUUCUGAGGAUCUUCAGAAGUGGAUUCAUAAUGAUUACAUGGUUCAAUCCUGGUUGCUCAAUUCGAUGGAGAAAAUCAUUUCUGAAGGUUUUCUACUUCAACAAUCUGCUCAUCAGUUGUAUGAAGAAAUUGUGGAGAGGUAUGGUCAAUCUAAUGCACCUCAAUUGUUUGAUUUACAUAAGAAAUUGAUGUCUAUUGAACGAGAUUCUGAUUCGAUUGUUCAAUAUUACUCUAAAUUGAAAAGAGUUUGGGAUGAGAUUUAA